UGCUGGGGACAAGAUUCCCAGACUCAAGAUUUCGUUCCAGAUGAUUUCUGGAAGGUGAGUGCAAAGCAUGCGCACUCAAUGGUCCAGAAACGCUGACAUACAAUAUAGUUGAUCGACAGUAACUGUGGGACGGAGCUGGAAGCCCUGGGUACAUGUGUUGCACCAGAUACUAGUCGAUCGGUCCGGACGAAUCUGGCGACGAGUUAUUCGCAGUGUUUUCGGUCGCAGUCAGUAGAAAAUGAGACUCGAUGGCAGCUCCAGACGGACACAUUAACGUUCUUUCUAGAUUCGAUUCGUACUUCGAGUGCUCAUCGACCGCGAAUGCUGCAAGCGCCGAUCCUAUCCCGAAGACUCCAGUCCGAAACACCAUUAUAACGGCGAAUGCGACAUGCUCAUAUCCCAAGCCAGAACCGAUUCUUUCCUCCGCAUGCGUUUUCGAUGCCGAAGAGAUCCCUCGAAGCAAGUGCUGUUCCGACUCGAGCGGCGACUGUUCCCAGAAAAGCGUUAACCUGCUCAUAUGUCAAUACCAAGCAGCCCAACAAUAUGUCCGCUGCACCAGCACUGACAACACAAACGUAACCGACUGCGUCGUCAGCAACGCCGAAAAGGCAACCUGGCUCCCCUACCAAUUCCUCAUCUACAGCGGGUCUGAGAAGUGUCCUCGGGCGAAGAAGAUCUUAACCACCCUUGCCAUCUCCAAUGUCAUUGCGCUGCUCUCUGCAGCGUUGGCUAACACGACCGUCAUCAAGCACCUCAUCGGCCGGAAACAGAUGUUCGAGUACACCGAGAUCAAGCUGAACUUCCUGAGCAUGUUCGUUUCGAUCGGGAUCCACGUAUCGAUUCCAUUCAUCAUCGGCGUUCUACUGGAGAAGCAGGGGUACACGGUGAACUGGCUCCAGCAAGUCUUGAUCUGGACGGUCCGACCGCGAGUUGCGCCGGUAAUAGCGAUCCUAGGCUUCAUAAACGCGUCGUGGAUGGAGACUGCGGUCAAUGAGAUGGUGGCCGAUCUGCUCUUCUCGGUUCCUGCUCUUGUAUUCGCUGUCUAUGCGGCAUUCUUCCCGAACAAGACGACCAACCCCGCUAAGCCUGCGGAAUACAAGCUAUACCAUGCUGGCGGCAUCAUCAUGAUAAUCCCUGGAGUCAUCAUCGCGUUUUCGUUCCUCAUGGGUAUGUGCCUCCGAUGCGCGCCUUUCCGAGCGUUCAAAUACCCGGCGCAGGAUUUGUGGCGUAUCUUGCGGAACCCGGUUCGAAAGUUACAAAAGAAGGAACCCGUUCCCCAACGCGAGGUCCAUAUCUCGAACUUCAAAGGCUGGUACAUCAACUUCUUUGGAUUGGGGAUAAUUUUGUACAUUGGGAGCUGGCUUGUUUGGGCGUCCUUUUUGAACAUGUCCGGAGAUUUGUAUUGCCCGGCAAGCCUGAACACGGUGGCGACAGUACUGUUCGUGUAUCCAGUCAUCUUGAAUGUGCUGCGGGCCUUUCUAUCUCUCGUGUAAAUUUGCAUCAAAUUCUAAAGGACAGCUUACUUAAGCGUAU